AAUUAAUGGAUAAUUCAUGUGAAUCUAAUGUUCCAUCAGUAAUACAUCUAUGCACGGGAAAUGAACUAGCUUUAAACCAUCUAUCAUCGUCUUACGAAAAUUCAGGUAAUUCUGUCUUCGUGUAAUGUUUUUCUUUUUGUAAGAGCUGAUAAACAGAAUGAUUACGAUAAAUUCUUACAUACAAUUAUUUAAGAGCUGGUCGAAUAUAUUAUUGUUAAAAUUGUUUUUGUGAUUCACUCAGUGCUAUAACUUGUAGAUUAUUUAGUGAAGUAGUGAACAAAUAUAUAUGAAGCCAAUGAUAUCAGUUCUGCUACAAAUCUUCGUUUCCCAUAUAGUUCAUUGCUGUUGUUCAUAGACUUCAGAAUUUAUCAAUGAAUCAGAUAAACAGAAAUUCAUUGUAGACUGUCAUGUAAACGAUGAUACUUCAAAAAUGAAAUUUGAGAUAUCCGAUUUACCAACUAGAUCAGGAAAAUUAAAUGUUGAUAACGAUAAUGAUAACGAUGAUCAUAGGGAAGAGUGGAAUAACCAGUGUGAUUUUUUUCUAUCAGUACUUGGUUAUGCAGUUGACUUAGCAAAUGUUUGGCGAUUUCCAUAUGUAUGCUUUACUAAUGGUGGCGGUGCUUUCCUAAUUCCCUACUUUAUUGUGAUGAUUUGCAGUGCAACACCAAUGUUCUACUUGGAAUUGAUUUUAGGCCAAAAACAUCGUCGUGGAGCUAUUUCUCUUUGGGAUAUAUGUCCUAUGUUUCGAGGUGUUGGUAUUGCUCAAGUAAUCAUAUCCUAUAUAGUUGCAUUCUAUUAUAAUACAAUAUCUGCAUGGUCACUAUACUUUUUAUUUGUAUCCAUUACGGAUAUUCUACCAUGGACCUAUUGUGAUCAACGAAGGGGUAAUAGUAUUAAUUGCGUGAAUUUUACGUAUUUACAAAACUUAUCUAAUACUAUUUCCAAUAACGAAAAUGAUUUACUACAACAGAAAAAUUAUAGUCUUGCUUCAAUUGAAUAUUUUGAACGUGUUGUUUUGAAAUUACAGCAAAGUACUGGUUUAGAAGAUCUUGGACCAAUUAGAUGGCAAUUAGUAGGAUGUACUAUAUUCAUAUUUAGUAUACUAUUUGCAUCAAUGAGGAAUGGAGUGAAAACAUCGGGCAAGGUUGUGUAUGUGACUGCAUUACUUCCAUAUUUAUUGUUGGGUAUACUUUUAAUUAAUGGAUUGACGCUGAAUGGUUCCUAUAAUGGAAUUUGGUACUUUAUUAAACCGCGCUUUGAUAAAUUAUCAGAAAUGACGGUUUGGGCGAAUGCAGCCAUUCAAAUAUUCUUUUCAACUGGUGCAGGAUUCGGUGCACAUAUCGCUUAUGCAACGUAUAAUCCUAGACGGUACAAUUGUUACAGGUGAGUCCAAAUAUACAAGAAAAAUACUAAAGUAUAUAUGGAUAUAUUUGAUGUUGUGUUCUCAGGGCUGGAGUUUUUCAUCAUUUAAAACUUCAGUUAAAAGAUUAUUUUAUGUAAAACGUUGUCCAAAAUGACGGUGAAAAUGCUGUAAUUAGACUUCCCUGAAAGCUGGUAGUCUAUCAGUGACCAAUUUCAUGUAGUCCUAUCCUUAGUGCUGAUCGAAUUCCAUCAGACAAGCUGCCUGUGAAGUUGAUUGGAAAGUGACAAUUAAAAUACUGUCUAUUCAUUUACCCUGUUUAAAUAAAUAAUCAUUGUUAUGUCUACUACAUGUUCAACAUAAUACGAUACAACAAAAACACAUGUUUACAAACCCAAUCAUAUUCCAACCAAGAAAAACAUUAACCACAGAAACCUAUUAACUACAACACAACUUAGAAAACCUAAGAUAUGAAGUGAUAACUAAGAACCUUCCAAAAACAGAAUGUUUUUUAUCUGUUGUUCAACUUACUAUUAUUUUAAACCCUAUAAUUCUCCAGUAUUAAUAAAUUGCAGAUAUUUCAAAUACAAUACACGGAAAUUAACAAACACUUGAUAAUAUUUACUUGUCUUAGUUCAAUUAACGAAUAUUUUUUACUCUCACACAGAGAUUGUUUGAUCACUUCAUUUGUGAAUGCUUCUACAAGUUUAUUUGCUGGCGUUACUGUAUUCGCUUAUCUUGGUUAUUUGGCUCAUCUUACUCAUACUACAGUACAAACUGUAACAGGAGAAGGGGGGGAUGUAUGUAUUCAACCUUAUGGAUCGAUAUAUGGCUGGUACUGCAUUACUCAUUGGAAGCUUAUUUCAAGUGAUUGCCAUAGCAUGGUUUUAUGGUAUGAAUAAACUUUGUCAAGAUAUUAUAUCAAUGAAUCUUCCCACACCUAAUAUAUACUGGCGACUGUGCUGGAAACUGUUAACACCCAUCACUUUGACUGUUAUGAUAAUCAGUUCACUGAUAGAUCCUACACCAUUACAAUAUAAUUAUGGAGCAAAACAUCCAGAAUUAUCAACUAAUUAUUCAGAAAGAGUAAAUAUCACUCUGCACGGAACUUCACAAUUUUAUGUUUAUCCAAAAUGGUCAAUUUAUUUAGGUUGGACCAUGAGUGGAAUAUCAAUUAGCAUGAUUCCAUUGGUAUUUUUCAUUGUUUUAGUUAAAAAUGGUUUUAGAAUGAAGAUUAGUGAAGUUUUCUCAAUGGGACCACUUGAUGUAUGGCCAGUCAAGAAACGAAAUCAAAUAUGUAAUCGAUAUUUCAACCGGAGUGAAGGAAACCAUGACAAGAAAUAUACUAGCAAAAUAAAUGAUGAUAAAAACAUACAAAGUAAUCAUUAUGAAUCUACAAGAUAGGCAAAUCAAGACCUAGAGUUUAUCAAUUCAUACAUAAGAAACAUUUACAAUCACAAUCUACCAGAACAAUUACGAAAUAAUUAAAACGACAACUACUUAAUUGCCAUUUCAAAUAUAUUUAUCAUAUUGAUUUAUGCACAGGUCGCUUACAAAUCCGAUAUUCCUAACUCUGAACCCAGGAUAUUUUAGGAAAUUCCGCAAACAAAAUAUUAUAUGAACAGUUGAUUUAAAAUAAUUAUUUGUUGUCUCACCCGUAAUAACAAUAAAUUAAAAGUCUUAAUACACAUUUAUUUUUCUUGUCACGACAGUUAUUAAGUGAUGUUAUUAGACGGUUAGCGUCCAGCCUGAAACAUGGAGGACACAAUGAGGAUGAUCAAAAAGAGACUAUAAAGAAAUGAAGGGAAUAUGAAAUGUGGAAUAGAACAGUACAGAACAAAUCAAAUUAAUAUGUAGUGUCGAUAGAAAUAAAUAAGCGGACUUACCACGACCAUCUACAGAAACACGGUAGUGAUAAACAGUAAAGGAUAUAAAAAUAACCAAGGGUUGGCAGAUAUAUAAGUUAUGCAAGACGAUUGGGAAUGAACACAUCCAUGGUAAAUACCAAAACCUCUUAUCUCUGGCUAUCACUUACUAACGAUAACGCCAUCAAAAAUAAAAAUGUAGUCAUAAAGAAAACAAAAAACCCUGCAGCGACUAAACUUACGAAUUAGUACUGCCUUGAUUAAAUCAUGUUCAACUUUUUGCAAUAUAUUUACUGAUAAAAAAAUAUCCUAACUUAUUGUAAUCAAUCUUCCACAAUAAAUGCUUUGAAGAUAAGUACGCUGAAUACAUGUAACCCCUUCUGUUACCCACUUACAAUAUUUGUAGGAUAGGAAAUAUAUGUUUGUUAAAGGAAGACAAGUAACGUAUAAGUCUUUACCAUGCAAACCUAAACUAACUCCUACAGCCAGUCAGUCAGUAACAACGUAGAACUUCGUACGUACAAACGUCAGUUCGAGUUGCCACACCACAUUAGCACAGAGAUGCAGUUGUCGAUUCAAAUCCCGUACUGGUAGAGGUAGUAAAAUUAUAAGCAGUAAUCGGAAACAUUAGGGUUUGAAGAUGUUAUUUAAAGAGUAUAAGCCAGUGAAAUAAAUUUGGAAAGAGAAAAAGAGACAAGGAGGAUUCAGGAGAUUAGAAUUUGGGAGAACACAAAGAGUGGAUGCACCUGCGCCAUUGCAAACGAUUUUGAGCCAUGUCAUUCAGGGUCUUUAACCAUCGGUUGCUAUCAUCUCGCGGUCCCCAACCAGGUAGUCUACACCUACCAGCAUGACUCAGUCCACUUGUCAGUGACUUCAUGGACUCGUGCUAUGUUCUGGUCUGGCCGCCUCUAGCUUUCUUCCAAACUAUUCCUACACCACAAAACAUCGCUCGUCGAGGCAGUCGGUCGUUGGGCAUACGUAAUAUGUGUCCCAGCCAUCUCAACUGAUGAAGUUUCACUACUUCAUCAAUUGAUUU